UAGUGCUCCUGCUUUGCUCUCCUCUGCUCUGCUCUGCUUUCCUCUCUCCUCUCCUCUCCUCUCCUCUCUCCUUCGGAGGGCAAGAGGCCAGCAGCAGCGGCGGCGGUGGCGAGCUCUUCUUCGCCACCAGCGCACCCACCCCCCACUUUCCCCCAAAACCUCCUCCUAGGUCAGGGCUUGGCUUGGCGGCUGCCUCCCUCCGAUCCGCCCCAAAAACCUCCUCGGUUGGUUUGGUGACCUCUCCCUCUCUCUCUUCCGUAAUUCCUCCCUUCCCCAUUCUCUCUCUCAUUUUCGAAAUUCUUCUCAACCUACCUACCUACCUCGUAGCAGAUUGGUCCCUUAAUCCAAUUUGUUGCUGCUGCUGCUGCUUCGCUUGCUUGCUUCCACAAUCCCCAGGCAGGAGGAGAAGAAGAACACCACCAGCAGCAGCCGCAUCACUUGCUGCAGCUACUACUAACUACUCCAUUAGCCGGCCAUGGCGUCCUCCUCUGGGGGCCGCAGGAUGGCCCCCGGCGGAGAUUCCUCCUCCGCCUCCGCCGCUGGCAGGAGGAUCCUCCGCACCCAGACCGCUGGCAACCUCGGCGAGUCCAUCUUCGACAGCGAGGUCGUCCCAUCCUCGCUCGUCGAGAUCGCGCCCAUCCUGCGGGUGGCCAACGAGGUGGAGGCCAGCAACCCGCGAGUAGCCUACCUCUGCCGCUUCUACGCCUUCGAGAAGGCGCAUCGCCUCGACCCGACCUCCAGCGGCCGAGGUGUGCGCCAGUUCAAAACCGCGCUCCUGCAGAGGCUCGAGAGGGAGAACGAUCCCACGCUCAAGGGCAGGGUCAAGCAGAGUGACGCCAGAGAAAUGCAGAGCUUCUACCAGCACUACUACAAGAAGUACAUCCAGGCGCUUCAAAAUGCCGCUGAUAAGGCCGACCGGGCUCAGCUCACUAAAGCUUAUCAAACUGCUGCCGUGCUCUUCGAGGUCCUCAAAGCCGUUAAUGUCUCCCAGAAAAUCGAAGUUGAUCAAUCGAUUCUGGAGACGCAUAACCAAGUCGAGGAAAAGAAGAAGUUAUAUCUCCCGUACAAUAUCCUCCCGCUCGAUCCUGACAGCGCCAACCAGGCUAUCAUGCGCUAUCCCGAGAUCCAAGCUGCUUUCCAUGCUCUCCGUAACACCAGAGGUCUGCCAUGGCCCAAGGAACACGACAAGAAACCCGACGCGGAUCUUCUUGGCUGGCUUCAGGCCAUGUUUGGAUUCCAGAAAGAUAAUGUAUCCAAUCAGAGGGAGCAUCUCAUACUCUUGCUUGCAAACGUUCACAUCAGACAGAUUCCCAAACCUGACCAACAGCCAAAGUUGGAUGACCGAGCACUGGAUGCAGUAAUGAAGAAGCUAUUUAAGAAUUACAAGAGAUGGUGCAAAUAUCUUGGCCGCAAAAGCAGCUUAUGGUUGCCGACUAUCCAACAGGAGGUACAACAACGCAAGCUCCUCUAUAUGGGCCUUUAUCUGCUCAUAUGGGGCGAGGCGGCUAAUCUAAGAUUCAUGCCGGAGUGUCUUUGCUAUAUCUAUCAUCAUAUGGCUUUUGAACUAUAUGGUAUGUUGGCUGGAAAUGUGAGCCCGACGACUGGUGAAAAUGUUAAACCAGCUUAUGGUGGAGAAGAAGAAGCCUUCUUGAAGAAAGUUGUAACUCCAAUCUACAAAGUUAUAGAGAAGGAAGCUGAGAGGAGCAAGACAAUAAAAUCGAAGCACUCACACUGGAGAAACUACGAUGAUCUAAAUGAGUACUUUUGGUCAAGAGAUUGCUUCCGAUUGGGGUGGCCUAUGAGAGCUGAUGCAGAUUUUUUCAAGACUCCAAAUGAUGUUCCUCGCCACCUUGCGAAUGGGGAAUUUGUUUUUUUUCCCUUUGGCAGUUACCCGUCACUUAGGGUUGCCUAUAUUGAUGAAGUUGAAGAGCCUAGCCAAGACAGAAAUAAGAAAAUAGAGAAGGUUUACUACUCUGCAUUGGUGAAGGCAGCGGUAACAAAGCCUGAUGAUCCUGGCCAGAAACUUGAUCAGGAUAUAUAUAGGAUAAAGCUUCCAGGGAAUGCAAUGCUAGGUGAAGGAAAACCAGAAAAUCAGAACCAUGCCAUAAUCUUCACACGAGGUGAAGGUCUCCAAACCAUUGACAUGAAUCAGGAACAUUAUAUGGAGGAGACUUUAAAAAUGAGGAAUUUGUUGCAAGAGUUUCUGAAGAAACAUGAUGGUGUUAGGUAUCCAUCAAUACUUGGUGUACGAGAACAUAUCUUCACUGGCAGUGUUUCUUCUCUUGCAUGGUUCAUGUCAAACCAAGAAACGAGUUUUGUGACUAUUGGACAGCGUGUACUGGCUAAUCCUUUGAGGGUUCGAUUUCAUUACGGGCAUCCUGAUAUCUUUGAUCGGCUUUUCCACCUCACAAGGGGAGGUGUAAGCAAAGCUUCUAAGAUUAUCAAUCUUAGUGAGGACAUAUUUGCUGGAUUUAAUUCAACAUUGCGUGAAGGAAAUGUUACACAUCAUGAAUACAUGCAAGUUGGAAAGGGAAGAGAUGUUGGUCUCAAUCAGAUUUCACUGUUUGAAGCAAAAAUAGCAAACGGUAAUGGUGAACAGACACUGAGCCGCGACGUCUACCGACUUGGACAUCGUUUUGACUUCUUCAGAAUGUUGUCAUGCUACUAUACUACUAUUGGAUUUUACUUCAGUACAAUGAUAACAGUUUGGACGGUGUAUGUAUUCCUCUAUGGGCGCCUUUAUCUUGUUCUCAGUGGCCUCGACGAAGCACUAGCCACUGGAAAGCGGUUUAUACACAAUGAACCUCUCCAGGUUGCUCUAGCUUCACAGUCUUUUGUGCAGCUUGGGUUCUUGAUGGCGCUGCCUAUGAUGAUGGAAAUUGGUCUAGAGAGAGGAUUCAGAACUGCGCUGAGUGACUUUGUACUUAUGCAACUGCAACUAGCAUCUGUGUUCUUCACAUUCUCUCUUGGGACCAAAACUCACUACUACGGAACCACACUGCUACAUGGAGGAGCUGAAUAUAGACCUACCGGGCGUGGAUUUGUGGUGUUCCAUGCCAAAUUUGCUGAGAAUUAUCGACUGUACUCGCGAAGCCAUUUUGUCAAGGGUAUCGAGCUGAUGAUUUUGCUUAUUGUGUAUGAAAUAUUUGGGCAGUCAUACCGAGGAGCUAUUGCGUACAUUUUCAUCACGUUCUCCAUGUGGUUUAUGGUUGUCACCUGGCUCUUUGCACCAUUUCUGUUUAAUCCUUCUGGGUUCGAGUGGCAGAAAAUCGUGGAUGAUUGGACUGACUGGAAUAAGUGGAUCAGUAACCGUGGGGGUAUUGGUGUACCGCCGGAGAAAAGUUGGGAGUCAUGGUGGGAAAAGGAGCAGGAGCCUCUUAGACUUUCUGGAAAGCGUGGCAUUGUUCUUGAAAUAGUGCUCGCAUUGCGCUUCUUUAUAUACCAGUAUGGUCUUGUUUAUCAUCUGAACAUCACCAAGCACACAAAGAGCGUUCUGGUUUAUUGCCUCUCAUGGGUCGUAAUCUUUGUGAUUUUGCUCGUGAUGAAGACUGUAUCAGUUGGGAGGCGGAGAUUCAGUGCAGAGUUCCAACUUGUGUUCCGGUUGAUCAAGGGGCUGAUAUUCAUAACGUUUAUCUCCAUCAUCAUAAUCUUGAUAGCAAUCCCACACAUGACAGUUCAAGACAUCUUUGUUUGCAUCCUUGCGUUCAUGCCCACUGGAUGGGGUUUGCUUUUGAUUGCGCAGGCUAUCAAGCCAGCUAUCGCAAGUGUUGGGCUGUGGGGUUCGAUCAAGGCGCUUGCCCGAGGCUAUGAGAUCAUCAUGGGCCUGCUGCUGUUCACCCCGAUAGCAUUCCUUGCUUGGUUCCCGUUUGUUUCGGAGUUCCAGACGAGGAUGCUGUUCAACCAGGCCUUCAGUAGAGGUCUGCAGAUCUCGCGCAUCCUAGGCGGGCACAAGAAAGACCGGGCGACGCGGAACAAGGAGUGAGUAGGUAGUAUUGUAGACGCUCCUAAACUAGUCGGUAUCUCCGCCUUGAGUGUAAAUUAUGAUUCCUCUUUCAACUCUGUUGGACUAUUAUAAUGCAAGCGUGUGUGUGUGUGUGUGUGUGUGUGUGUGUGUGUGUGAGAGAGAGAGAGAGAGAGAGAGAGAGAGAGAGAGAGAGAGAGCCGGGGAUGGUAAAUUAGCAAUCUAGCAUUGUCUGUGCCUGUUACAGCCUUGUAUUGGUUGAUGAUUAGAGUGGAGACCCUGGGAUUUUUAUGCUGUAGUUGGAGGGAACUCAAUUAUGCAAACAUGCUAGCCAAGUUUGUAUGUAUAUAUAUCUCUAUCUCUUAUAUUUCUAAAGCAGGCAAUAAUUUCUUGAUUCA